AUGGCUUAUAAUCCGCUUGUUGCUUCUUCUCUCUCUACCUUUUUUUUUUUUUCUCUCACAGUGUGUACAUGUACAUCUCCAAGUAUCCAUCGCCCAUUCAAAAACCCCUUUCGCUCUUACAGAAGAAGAAAAGGCUAUACAAAGUCUGAUGGCCAACCCCCCAACAGCGCAGCAGCAGCAGCAGCUUGUACCCACCCCCGCAGCAGCAUCCACCCUCCUGGCGCUCCUCCUCCAACAACACCAUCCCACAGCCCAACCCCCGAUCCCCAUCCGCACCCUCUACCCUUCCUCAACCCCCGCUGGGCGCCCCACCGCAUCAUCUCCACGCUCGAGUCGCUGCUCCUCACCGCACACAGCAGCAGCCCUGCGGCGUGCACGAGCGCCAUGCUGUACCAGUGGGCUGCGUGGGAGGGGGAUCCCGCCGCGCCGGCUAUGGCGCCUGGGGAGCUGCUGGCGUGCGUGGUGCAGGGGACGAGGGUCGCGGGUGUCUACUUUGGGAAGAGGGGGGAGCUGGAGAGGAGGAUGGGAAGAGGAGGGGAGGGGAAUGCGGAAAUAGUGGGAGGAGGGGGUCUGGGUAUAGGUGUGGGUGUGGAUACGGAUAUGGAUGGAGUGAGGCUUGCGGAGGAAUCUGUGCUAGCGCUGGAGGGGUUGAGGCGGGUUAUGGUGGAGAGUUUCCACGAGAGCGUUGCUCUGAGACUUAUACGAUACUUCCAAAUUCCCUAUUCUGGCCAGUUCAUCCUCGCCGGUCCACGCAAUCCCAGAGGUAGAGAAAAUCAUUCGAUCUUAUUUAUUCGAUCAUAUCGGAGAGCAAGAACCUCUGAUACGACGACUUCGUCAUGUGCCGCUUCUGCAGCUUCACGGAGAUUGAGGAUAGCGGAGGGUGCCUCUUCAAAGCUACCGACGAUAGUGCCGAUAGAGAGUGAAGAGAGUGAAGAGAGUGAAGAGAGUGAAGAGAGUGAAGAGAGUGAAGAGAGUGAAGAGAGUGAAGAGAGUGAAGAGAGUGAAGAGAGCGACAACAACGAAGAGGGCGACGAUAGAGACGACAGCAAAGAAAGCGAAGAAAUGAAAGAGGGUAGUGGCUACACCCACCCAACCACCCACCACCUUGCUCAACAACUUCCUCUCUGCCGUCCACUCCAUCACGAAAGAAGACUACCUCCCUUACUACAAACACAACUUACAUCCACGCCAGCUGCUCCCGGUUCUCGAGUUCUUCUCCCGCCUACCUCGCCAGGAGUCAGAGGAGACCAUCUUAGCUUGGCUAUCCUAAUCGGUGUCGGGCCGACGAAGCCGGAAAGGGCUGAAAAGCAGCUCGACAUCGUUCUCCAGAGUGGUGUCGAGUUGGUACUUCACAAAGCUGUCCAGGCUGUGACGCGCAAGAUCAUUGAGCUAGAUGUUGACUCUGAUCCUGGUGAUGUCCACCGCGGCUCCAGAGCUGGCCGGAGUAGCAAGAGGACUCCGCCGGAAGUGGCUAUGGCAGUGGCUGUGGCGGGGUGGGACGCGGGAGAUCGCCGUCCCCGUGUUUUUGAGAUGGCUUGA